GAAGAAAGGAUAUGUGUUGCUUUGUUAAGGUUUUUACGAAGGAACCCAUCUCUUUUUACGACACACUGAAAGUUCUCUGUGUAUCAAAAGUGUGUGCUUAAGUGAUCUAAGGGAAGGGUUAUCAUCUUUUGUUUGAGUUCAACUUCUUUACUUCCCAUAGACUAACAAGCAACACUCAGUUAGUGUGGGUCUGUGUCUUAAUUAAAAGUGAGAAAAAAGGUUCUGCUGUUUUGCUUUUUCAACCUCUCUUUAAGCAGAGAUAGUGUGUUUGUGUGUGUGUGUUUGUGCUUGUGUGUGUUAAAAGUGAGUAUUCAGAAAAGGGUUUUUGUUGUGUUGUUCAUCAGAAUCAUUUCUUUUGCACGCAGUAAGUGUGCUUAUUCUGUGUGUACGUCAAGAGUGAUUGAUUAAAGAAGUGAGUAAAGGGUUUUUGCUGUGUUGUGUUCUUAAAGAAGAUUUUGUUUACAGGGAGUAGUAAGUCUCUUACAAUGUGCUACAAGCAAGUGGUUUAGCAAAUAUGAAAAGGGCGUCUCUUGGGUUUUUCAAUACCAUUUUUUAACCUCAGAGUGACGUGUUUCUGUGCAUUACAAGUAACAAGAAAAGGGUGACCCUUUCCCUGUGCGUUUUUCAAGAUUUCUUUUACGCAGGGUGAGUGUGCUUCUACGUGUUAGUAAAAAAUUGAACGAUUCAAGAAACGGGUUUCAAGACCCUUACUUGAAUGUGAACCAAUUCAAGACAAAGGGUUCCUCGUUCGUUGGUUAUUCCAAGAUUCUUCCUUUACACACAGUAAAAGUGUGUUUGUGUGUUCGUUAAAAAGUGAUCAAUUCACCAAAUCAAUUUUAGGGUUCAAGACUAUGUUUGAUGGAGUCCCACUUGAGCAAUUUCGCCAAUUUAUCUCAACACCCUCUUCAAGAAUCCCUACUAAUUCUUCUUUAAUUCAAACCACACCAAUUUCGACUCCAGCAAACUUAAAUUUUCUAUCUUUUGAUCCUCUCUUAUUCACUCCAACUCUUCCUACUCCUCAUCACCAUCAAUCCCUUUUUCAAUCCCAACAUUUUCUUCGGACACCUACACGAGAUCAUUACAAUGACACUGAAGGCAAAGUGGAUCAAGAAAUCGAUAUAAACGAUUCAUGGUCGAAUGAUGAAGUUAUUCAACUUUUGAGGAUAAAAUCUAGUUCGGAGAAUUGGUUUAGGGAUCUCACUUGGGACCAUGUUUCCAGGAAGCUAGCAGAGUUGGGGUACAAAAGGAGUGCACAAAAAUGCAAAGAGAAGUUUGAAGACGAAACAUGCAGAAGUUUCAGUAGUACCAUAGGGUACAACAAGGACAGCGGCAGGUACUUGAUUAGUGAAGAACUUGAUGAACAUCUCUACAAUAAUGCUGACCAAAACACUCAUCACGACCACAUCACCACUGAAUCACCUGAAGAUUUGAGUUACCAAGAAAACCCGCAAGUACAUGAACAAAGAGUAGAAGAACAAGAUCUUGAUCAGGUUCAGGGGCAAAAAGAUCAUUUUAUAGAGGACGUAAGUGAGAUAAUGAUGCAAAAGAGUCAAGAUAAUGUACGUGUGAUAAAUAGCAAGAAGAGGAAGAGAAAGCACAAGAAAUUUAAGAUGGUCAAAGGGUUGUGUGUUGACUUAGUGAAGAAACUGAUGGCUCAACAGGAAGAGAUGCAUAAAAAGCUACUGGAUGACAUGAGGAAUCGCGAAGAAGAGAAGAUCAAGAGGGAAGAAGCUUGGAGAAAGGAAGAAAAGGAAAGGGUAAAAAGGGAAAUUAAUAUCAGGGAACAUGAACAAGAGAUGGCAAAAGAUAGGCAAUCAACGAUCACUGAGUUCCUCAACAAGAUCACAUCUUUUGACCAAAAGAUUCAGAUCCCUUUUGAUAUGAAUUUACAAGAACUUCAAACUAAUCUAUCCAACAUUAACAAGCAGAUACCCCUAUGUGAAAUUACGAAAAUACCCUCCUCGGAGAAGAUAACCGAAAAUCCUCAUCAGAAUCAGUCAACCUCAAAAGAUGACAUUGGUAAGAGAUGGCCAAGAGAUGAAGUUUUGGCAUUGAUAAACAUAAGGAGCAAUGUGAACAAUGGCCUUGGUGGUAAUAAUGAGGAACACCAAGGGUAUAUUAGUAAUAACAGUGGUGGGGGUGGAGGUGUGUUGGUGGUUCAUUGUGGGAGAGGAUAUCACAAGGGAUGUUAGAGUUGGGAUAUAAAAGAAGUGCAAAGAGGUGUAAAGAGAAGUGGGAGAAUAUAAACAAGUACUUUAGGAAAACAAAAGAUGCAAACAAGAAGAGGUCUUUAGAUUCAAGAACUUGUCCUUAUUACCAUCAAUUAAGCAUAUUGUACAACCAAGAGAAGCAGGCAUCGAACUCAGUCGGACUAUCAUUCGAUGACCCACAAAAAUCUGUGAUUGUUGAAAUCACACCGGAAAACUAAUGGGGUUUAGGGAGAUCAAUGCUAUAUGGGAUUGGGAUCAACUCUCAUUAUGGGGCUGUUUAGUUAUGUGUAUGUUUUCAAUUUUUGUAAUUGAGUUCAUUUUAUAUUCUUUUUUUUUUUUUACUUCCUGU